AUGAGCUCCAAGCUCCUUCCUUUCUCGCUUAUAAUGGACACCAUCACAAAAGAACACGUGAACGGAUUACUAAAGUCCAUCCUCUACGCUGAAGACAUCGCUCUGAUAGCGGGGAGCAAAGAUGAAAUCCAGAACAAGCUCCAGAAAUGGAAAGUGCUGGCGAAGAGCGGGCUCCGACCAAACGUCAAGAAGGCCAUGUUCCUCAGCUCCGAGGAGUGCAUGGAGCCAAUCGUCGACGUUCACGUGAAAGUCAUCGGAAAGGUAUGGGACUUUCGAUAUCUGAGGAGUGAUCUAGCCACUCACGGGAGCGUGGACCAAGUCGUAAAGCUCCCGAAUAAACGCAGCAUGGAUGAGGUGGAGGGAGUCCGCCUGCAUCCUCCGCGAUAUUCGGUGCUCCAGGACUUUCACCGGAAAGGUGUAUUUAACAGUGGUAAGGCCUACGAUGCUCUUCUGCAGUGA